AUGGUUCGGUCAGAACACGGAUUUAGCCGCUUUGACCAACAAGGCGAUCGUCGGCAGCUCGGCGUCUGCGACCGGGGCUCAUUGAGGAUUCUGCAGGACAGAGGUCCCGAGGUCGUAUCGAAGCUUUGCUUGCAGCGUCUUUCAGCAGGCUUGCAAGGGCGGUUUGGCGGAAUUCGCCAUCGCCAAGAGAAAUUCUUCUGGAGCGCUCGAGCGGACGUAAGCCAAAGUGCGCCGUACACGGGCGCGACUCCUUCUCGCCGCACCAAAGUAUCGGCUGAGCUCUUGACAAGCAGGCUGUAUCGAGAUAUAAGGCACCUACCAUCCAGACGUAUUGCUGCCCAGGAGCACCAUUGCGUCAUGCUUGGCACGAUGCAGCGACCGACAGAGUCAUUCCCCACGGAGGACGAGUCCGCAAAUGUCUCACGGCCACGCUUUGACACCAUGGCCAGUCAGCGAGUGCUGCUCCAGAAAGAGAUGGGCGCCAUGGAAGGCACGCCAGGCGUUGUGCCGACGGGCCUGCCCCGACCGCGACAGAAUCGGAGCAUGACCAAUGGGAGCAUGUCAUCUGCAGGCUCAGAGGGAGACUCGAUGGAAGCGACGACCUUUGUCACGACCAAGACGCCAGGUCAGAGGCAAACAAAGCGUGGCGACGUACCUUUCCCAAGUAAUGCUAUUGCCCCCAACAAUGACUCGCCACCUCGUCAGACGUCGGGCAGGAACAAGACAACAGAGACCCAGACGACCCGGAUCGUCCAUUCUGACGCAACCCACGUCGAAUCACAAGUCCACGGAGACGGUUCCGUCACACUCAAACCCGUCGCGUCUGUCAGCAGCAGAGGCAGACAGCGCCGGCCACGCGUCAAGCACAUUGCCGUUUCGACCGCCACUCACUUUGAUAGACAAAACGCUUCGUACGCCGCCGAUCCUUUCAGAGGGUUCUACGUUCUCUUCUGGCUCUUGAUCUUUAUCGCCGCCAUACGGACGCUCUACACAUCCUAUAUCACAUCAGGCGUCGCUGUCAGUCUGCGCUUUGCUGCGCUGUUUAGCGAGGACGCCAAAGUCCUCGCACUGUCCGACGCUGUCAUGGUCACUAGCACUUUCCUCUGUGUGCCUUUCGUCAAGAUGAUGAAGCGAGACUGGAUCAGAUACUACGGUCUCGGCAUGGUCAUACAGCACCUUGUGCAAGCUGCGUUUCUGUUCGCCGCAGUCCGUUGGACUUUCUAUAGGAACUGGCCAUGGGUGCAAUCAGGCUUCAUGACGCUUCACUCGCUCGUGAUGCUUAUGAAGAUUCACUCAUAUUGCGCAACUAACGGUCAGCUAUCAGCAAACGUACUCACGCUCAAAACGCUGCGGCCACGCCUCUCAGAGCUUUUAGAACAAUCCGGGGGUCUUGAGAAAGCAAUGAGUCUAUCUCGAGAAGAAAAGGGGAAAGCAUCCCUCGACGGACAGGACAACGCGGACGCUUCAGGGGUCGAGAAGCCACAGAACGGCUCACUUACUCGUCGUAAGCGCACUAUCUCGGCGAAUGAAGCAAGUAAGAGCAACGAUGUGGCGAACGGCAAUGGAGCCCUGAAUGGCGCAGCUCAUCCGGCGAGCGGCUCGAGUGACAUUGACUAUUCCCUGCUUGAGAGUCACCCCGAUACCAAGCUAUCCGGUCUCGCAAGCGAGAUUGUAGACUUGCAAGACUCCCUCGUCUCGCAAGAGAAGCAUCAGACUUGCUGGCCCCACAACAUCACCUAUGCAAAUUAUCUCGAUUAUCUGCUCGUACCGGUACUUGUCUACGAGCUCGAGUAUCCAAGAACGAACAGAAUCCGUUACUCGUAUGUCGUCGAAAAAGUGCUCGGCACCCUCGGCACAUUCUCCAUCCUGUAUCUCAUCACAGAGCAUUACGUAAUGCCGCUGACGGAAGCCGACUCGACCGUGCUCGGCAUGGCACUCGAUCUCGCUCCGCCUUUCAUGCUCAACUAUCUGCUUCUCUUCUACAUCAUCUUCGAAUGUAUCUGCAACGCCUUUGCAGAGCUCACCUACUAUGCCGAUCGCGGCUUCUACGAGGACUGGUGGAACGCUCGCGAAUUCGGCGAAUUUUCGAGAGCUUGGAACAAGCCAGUCCACCACUUCCUGCUUCGACACGUCUACAAGCCUUUCCUCGGCUUCGGCAUGUCGAAAUUUGUGGCAGGCAGCAUGACAUUUCUCCUGUCGGCCUGCAUGCACGAACUCGUCAUGGCGGUCGUAUCGAAGAAGAUACGCUUCUACAUUUUUGGUUCUCAGAUGUCACAGCUGCCACUGAUCAUGAUCGGUCAAUUACCGGUGUUCAAACGGUAUCCGACGCUCGGAAAUGCCUUCUUCUGGCUGGGACUCAUGGCUGGCUUUCCUCUGCUCGCCGUCGGCUACCUACGAUACUGA